AUGCUGGGAGAGUAUCUAGAGAUUGUCCUAAGUGUCCCGAACUGGGAGGCGUUAUUAGCGACCAUUUCAAAUCAGCGUGAGGACGAAUGGGAGUUUUUGAAGGAAAUCGAGAACGCCGAAGAGUUUUUAGAAAGUCUUUUAAACACUUACCUGAGACACCACUCGUUUGUAAAAUCCUCUUAUCUCUACCGUGUUCUCAUUGGUCUACGAGGUUUAGAGUCCUCUCAUCAACUAGUAGGACGUUAUGCCUUUUACGCCUUCAGUAUCGGAGACCUUGCAAACGGCAUUGGGUACCUUCAAUACCUCACAGAGCAGAAUUAUGUGUCAGUCGGCUAUGGAUCCAUCGACAGAGCCAGAGAAGUAAUCACAGCCCAUGCCCUAAGACUCCUAACUGGUGGCAUAGACGCAAAUAUCGUUGGGAUCACGAGGAAUAUUUUAAUCGCCGGACAAGCAGCUUGGGACGAGCUAGUGUAUCAUUGCGAUGCUAAAGGGAAGGACUUGGAUUUUAGUUCAAACGUGUCUCUGGUACUCAUUAGGGAUGCCAUUGCUCAGUGUUUCAUAUCACAAGAGCUGGUCGCGAAACUAAUGGAGAGAGGAGCAGCUGUGCAUGCUGAGAAUAUGUUUGGAUGGACGCCAUUAUUACAAGUUAUACCAUUAGACAAUCCAACC